UAGACUGAUAGAGGGAUGAAGAAAAGCUGCAUGAAUUUGAAUUUAUGAUGUACUUGGGUUAUUUGCCAUUUUAUCAUAAUUUCUUAGAGAGUCAACUUAAACUUUUAUUAAUUUUUUUAUUCAAUCUGUAGUAAUUAUACCAUUACGUUUACGUAGUAAACGAAUUUGAACCAUGAACAUCUGUCGAGUUUUGGCACAACAUGGGAGAAAAGCAGUGCAGACAUCGCAGCCAGCGAGCAUUAGUCAGCUCACUCAGCUGCGAUUUGCUUCCUCAGAUUCCUCAUCGGAUCUUCAGGACUGCAGUCCGAACAAGGAUGUCAUGUCUGUUCGAGAUACAGUGGUCAAAGAUCUUUCUCAAGUUGGACUUCCUAUCCGGAUGGCGCAGCCUCGAAAGAUUGCAGUUCAGGAAAAAGACGAUAUUACACCUUUUAACGGAGUUCCAAAAGAGCAUGUUCACGGUCGCCUUGUGCGCAUUUUCGUGCCAGCAAGAAACGCAAUGCAAUCUGGCACAGCAAAUACACAUUUGUGGCGUGCGGAAUUCGACACAAGAGAGCGCUGGGAGAACCCGUUGAUGGGAUGGGCGUCCACUGGAGAUCCCUUAUCCAACAUGGUAAUCAAUUUCAAUUCGAAAGAUGAAGCCAUCAAGUUCUGCGAAAAGAACGGAUGGAAAUACUUCGUGGAGGAACCAUAUGAAUGGACGAUGAAGCCAAAGUCCUACGGUGCUAAUUUUUCAUGGAAUAAGAAAACAAGAGUUUCGACCAAGUGAUCAUCGGCUGAGACAAAAAUUAUCCAUUAUAGAUGUGUACAGUAAAAAAUAAUGAAUCGAUUUGAAAGAUUAUUCUGGGUCAUAAUAUGACUAAGCCGCUGCAUUUAAAACCUACUUCGGAUUUCCUAGUUUGCCGCUUUGCAAAUCCAUUGUCCAUUGGUUUCAUCUGAACGUGUGACUCGAACAUAGACAACAAUUUUAUUGCUUCAAAAAUGGGAUUACCGAUUACUGUAUGUGCUUGUCGUUGAUAAAAACUUCUCUUGAAUCUUUCAAACAUGUAAA